UCCCGGGGCUCGGCUCUGUGUAUGCGUGUGCUGCGUGUCAGUGGGUAUUUUCUCUGUGCGCUUAUGGAAUUAGGAGGCAGAGACGAGGACGGCCGCGGCAUCUGCUGGAGUGGAAGGCAAGCAGGAAUGAAGUUCCCCGUGGAUCUCCUGGCUGACGUUAGCCAGGCAGAGCUGGAACUGUCGGCCCACGGUUACAUGAAUGAACUCCUCUACAGCAACCCUGAUUCUCCUGAACACCUUACUCUCUCUGACUCCACUCAGGUCACCAUAGACAUUUCAAGUGUGGGCUUCAUCCCUCUGUAUGGAUCCAGUGAUAAACAGAGGAUCCUGGCCCUCUUCUCUCCCGGUGACCCACUGACUGCUGUGGCUCUGUACCUGCUGGAGCGGUGGUGGACAGUGGAUGACAUUCUCAAGACAGCAGACCCUACUCGAGAUGGAGUUGUGGAGGUGAAGGCAGUCGGAGAGAGAAUAGUUUUAUACAUCCUUAAUCGUGUCAUCUAUAGAGCCAAAGAGAUGAGAUCUGAUGAGCUUCCCUUCCUCUGCCAUGGAGAAAAAGAUCAUGCAAAAAUCUUGUGGAAUAAUGGAGAGGCUGUUGGCUUCUACUCAAUCAAAGUCCCAGGCAGCUUAUGUAAUUCUUUUUUAACAAGACAUUAUCAGCUGCCAGUGAUGGACUCCAUAUUUGUUAGAAAAGGUCAGCGUGGUAAAGGCUUUGGUCUCCAGAUGCUGGAGAACUUUGUGCUCAGUUUCAAAGAUGACUGGCUCGGCUUGAGAUACCCCCUGUCAAAAUCCAUGUAUAAAGUGUGUGAGAAGUACUUGUGCAAGUACCCAGGAGACGCAGACCUGCUGUGGGAGGUAGAGGGCAUAGGUGGGCCCAACCAGAGGACCAACAUCUCCAGCAAGAUCCAGGCUAUGAGUCUGAGUGCAGUGUCCAAGAGUCUCUCAUUCACAGAAGAGUCACUUGAGAUUACUGACGUGACUGAAAAUGAUGUGGCGAUGGAGACUAUUACCACACAAAUGAAAGAAUCUCAAUCUAUGGAAUGCACCGUUGAAAUUGUGGAGGAAAUGACAGUACUGAGAACCACCAAAAAGGCUGACGUGCCUUUUGCAACCCGGGGGAGGAGUGGUGGCUCAAAAGAAAGAAAUCUGGGAGAGAAGAUAAGAGAGGAUAAGUCAGAAAAACUUAUCAGAAUUGAGGAUAUUGAAGCUGAAACCCCCAGUGAUGACCAUGUUACUGCACAACAGAAGACGGAAACGCAUGAUGUUACGGAAGUGGUGCAGACUGAGGGUAUGUUCAGUGUGGCUCCUGAAAACAAAGGAGAGGAUGUAGGUACCUCACAAGACCUAGAAGAAGCUGAUCUUACAUCACCACAUAUGACUGAGGAGCCACAAGACGAAGAUGAUUGCACACAAGAUGUGAGCAACACCUCCCAUGACGCACAGAUAACAGUUGAGAAUAUGGCAUCAGAAAUUGAGAGAGCAGAGGAAGAGUAUCAGAAAGAAGACUGUGCAGCGCUGGUAGUCUCUGAAGAAGUUUUAGAGGCACACACGGAAGCAGAUAUUCUGAACAAAGUGAUAGAGGGAACUCAAAUCGAGAUCAUUGAAGAAAAGUUAAAAGAAACAGUUACACAACAUAAGUUAAGUUUGUCAUCACAUGUAACAUCAGAGGGUGGGGAAUCUGGAAAAACAGAAAGAACUGUUGUAAAGGCCAUAAAAACUGUACAGAGUGAAAUACCCAGACGGAGAUCACAACGGCAUGGAAAGCCAGAGGAGAGGGAAACAGAGGAAACUAUAACCAAAGAUGGUAAGAGAGUUUUGAGAAGAAGAACUGUAAUCACAAGCCCCACACCCAAACGUAAAUAUACACACAGCAAGAAAAUAUAUGAAGAAAUAGAGAAAGAGGUGGCAGAGGAGAAUGAAGUUUCUACAACUGAAAUAGUGGAAGAAUUAGCUGUAACUGAGGGAGAAGAACUAGAAGAAAUAGCCUCCAUAAAUGAGGAUGUAGUUGGUAUGGAAAAAUUAAGAGAAGGAGGUAAGCAACAGCUUGAAGAGGGACAACUGACAAAUGAGGAGCAGACAGAGAAACAUGAGGCGCCUGGCAUGGAAGACACAGUACCAAAGAGAAGUUCCACAGAGUUUUCAGAUACUGCAGAGACUGCUGUUGAUAAAAUGGUAACGGAUGAAUCAGAGAAAGAACAGAAGGGUGAGGAGGUAGAAACAUCAGUUAUACAGGAUAAAGAAGAUGUGUCUGAAGAUGGGAUAGAGGAGCCCCCUGUUGUCCAGAGGCGAGCUCUGAGAGGCAGAUAUAAAGUCACUCCUAAACAUAAGCCCACAAAACACAAUAAAAGACAUCAGAAACAAGGGGAAGAGAGCACAGAUGAAGCUGACUUGGAAGCAGGAGGUUCUGCUAUUGAUAUAAAAGCAGAUGAAUGUGCACCAGAAAAACAGAUGGGGGAUCACCAACAGGUAGAACAAGAGGACACUUUUGACAAAACUGAAAAAGAGCUAUCAACCAAAGAUUUACCUGUUGUGGAAGAAAGUAAAAUUCAAGGAGCAGAGGAGGCGGCAGAGGAUAUACCUUCAACUGAGGUGAACGUGGAGGAGUGCAAGGAAGUCCAGGAAGACAAAGAGGCAGAGGCUGUAUCUAUGAUGGAAGCAAAUAAGGAGCCUGACACUGUUGCUUUGGCUUCAGAAAUAAUACCUGAUAAAGUUCUAGAUGAGAUUUCCAUGCCAGUAGCUGAAGAGCCUCAGAAAACAGAUAUCAGCUCUGAAAUUCCAAAGCUCCAAGAAGCCACUGUUGUCUUAGUGGACCUAAAAACAACCGGACAUGAUCUAAGUUUGAAGGAGACAGAAGAAAGAGAAUGUACUGCUCCAGAUGAGGAACAGAUGGAAGUUCCUAGUUGUAUUGCAGAGGAACAAACAUCAGUGCGAGAAAUUCUGGUAUUGAAAGAGGACAAUGGAGAGAAACAGGAUAACAGUAAAGAAAAAUUUGUCGAUGCAGCUGAAGAGGGAGAUAGUGUUGAGAAAGAAGGGCUUGAAGACAGUUCUGAUAAAUACAAGGAAGAAUCUGCUGAUGGGGAAAAAAGUGAGGCAGAUGAAACACCAUUCAUUGAAACAAGAGUUCUUAGAAGUGGCAGAAAGACAGUGAAAGCAAGCAACCAACAGCAAGAGGAAGACAAAAUAGAAGAGGCCAUUACUGAAAAAAGGGAAGCAGAAUCAGGAACUGUUGAGGUAGAAGGAGAAAUGGAAAUUAUGACAAUCCCACUGGAUGAGGAGUCUGCAGUUUUGGAGAUAAGUGCAGAUAUAGAUACAGACAUUGCAGUUGCAGAUGUUACGGAAGAGAAUUGUUCACCAGCAGAGGUAGACAAGGAAAUGAGCUUGGAAGAAGAAGAAGAAGAAGCACCAAUUGUAACCAGAGCUCUGAGAAGUGGAACAAAGACAGCUGCAACUACACCGAGACACAAAACAAUAAGAAGCGGAAUGCAAGUGGAUGAACAAGAUACAGAAAACAGUGGAGAAGAACAACCAACAGUGACAACAAGAACACUGAGACAAGGGGAGAUAUCUGCCCCUGCCACACCUAAAGGCAAAUCUGGAAGAACCCAUAAACAAAUCCAGGGAGAAGUGCUAAAGGGAACAAAGGAAUCCAAAAUUGUUGAGGAAACAAGAGAGGAAGAAGAGGCAGUUAAGGGAGCAGCUGAAGAAAAGACAGAAAAACAACAAGAGGGGCAAACUGAGGAGGAAAUAGAACAUGUUAAGGAGGAGGCUGUUUUUGAAAAAGAAAAAAAGUUAAAGACAGAAAUAGAUGUGGAGGAAGGGAAAGCUGUGACAGAGAAAGGACAAGAUGUUGUUGAAGACCAGUCAGAAGCCAUAUAUAAGACAUUUGCAGAAAAUGAGGUAGAAGUCUCAGGUGGAGAAUGUGAUGAAAGGAAGGCAGUCUUGGAGGGCGAGGAAGUGGAAUUACCACCAGUUAUGGUAACUAGAUCUCUGCGAAGUGGUGGAAAGACAGCCAAAGCUCCUCCAAUAAACAGAUCCAGAAGAAGCAAAGAACUCCAGAAAGAGGAAGAAGGACCCAAGAAAUCAGUUGAGGUAGCAGAGGUAGGGGAAGAAGAAAGGCUGCCAUCAGUCAAAGAGACACCGACAGAAGGAGAUGAGGGUAUAGCCCCAGAGAUGGAUGAAACAGAGGUGGAGAAUGAAGGACCUACUGCAGACGUGGAAAAAGGACCAUCAAUAGUAAGUGAAAAGGAGGAGAUCACAGCAGGAGCAAAAGCAGAUGAUUUAGUACAAGGAGAAAGUGACAUACCAUUACCCAAACCUGCCACUAACUCAGCUAUACUUACACCUGGGGAAGAGGAGAGAAUGGCAUCAGCAGAGGAGGAACAAAAAAAAAAUGAAAAGCUGGUGGAAGAGGAAGGAUGUGGGGACAAAGUAGAAGAUGCAGUUACAAUACAAGAUAGAGGGGAGGGGAGAGCUGAUGAGACAGCUAAAGAAGAUGAGGUUAAAAGUGUUGAUGAGGAGGAGGAGGAACCUACAGUCACCGAAACCAGAACACAGAGAAGUAGGAAGCAAGCAGUCAAAGCCACACCAAGAGUUAAAUUAGCGAAAUGCAAACAGAAAAAGGGUGAAGCUGAAAAGGAGGACACUUUUGAAAUUGGAGAAGAGAAACUCCAGCAAGGAGAGGAAAAGGGAGAAGAGGAAUCUACAACAGUUGAGGAGAAAGAGGCAAAGGAAGAAGAGGAACAAGCUGAGGAACAACAACAGGUGGCUGAUCAGGAGAAGGGAGAGAGACUUCAAGGAAAGGAUGCAAUUCAGCAAGCAGAAAAUGCAGAACCAGAAGUGAGUGAAGAGAAAGUGGAUACUCUUGCAGAAGAAACUGUCAUACUGUCAGAGGAAGGACAGGCUGGCAGUACUGGGACAACUGCAGAAGAGGACACAGAGGCUCCCACUGAAGAAAGUGCUAAUGAGGAAAAGAUCUCGGACAAUGUUGCUGAGGAAGCGGCAACAACAAAAGAUACACUGGAGGAGGAACAGUCAACCUCUAUAUCUGAAGUGGCAUUGCUGACUACAGAGGAUGAUAAGGCAGAAGAUGUUUCAGAGGUGAAGGAAACACCAGUUAUUGAAGCAAGACUUUUAAGAAGUGGCAAAAAGGCAGUGAGAGCCACAGCGAGAAGUAAAACCACAAAAACAGAUGAGAAAGAAGACGAGGCAACUGGAGAUGAACCAGCAGUAGAAACAAGAUUUUUGAGGAAGGGAAGAAGAUCUACUGCUGUCACACCUAGGGCGAAAUCCAAAAGAGCCCACACACAGUAUGAGACAGAGGAAGAGGGAGGCAACGAAACUACUCCAGCUGAAGAAAUGCAAGGAGAGGAAAUCAAAGAAGUGCCAGAAGAAGUUGCUGAAAAAGAGAAAGAUGAAGAUGAAGCUGCACGUGAGAAAGCAGAAAAUACAGAGCAAGAAGUUGAGAUGAAAAAAGUAGAACCUGUGGUAGAGGAAUCAGUUACAGACCAAGAGGCAGUGGCAGAAAGCCAGUCUGCUGUUUCAGAGACAUGUGCAAAUGGACAGGAAGUGACUCCUAUUGAAGAAAGUGCUGAGGAGGUAACUAAUACAGGGGAGGAAAAAGUUACAAAUGAUGAAGAGGCACCAGCUGUUGAACCAAGAGUUCUUAGAAGAGGUGGGAAGACUGCAAAAGCCACACCAAGAUUCAAAAUCAGAAAAAGCCAACAAGAAGAAAGUGAACUAGAGAGGACAGUGGUGGAAAAGAGUUCUGAUACAGAUGAGGCGGCAGUAGAAACAAGGAUUCUUAGGAAGGGAAGGAGGUCUGGUCCUGCCACACCUAGGCAUAAAUCCAAAAGAGCUCGCAGACUGUGUCGGCCAGAGGAAGAGGGAGAAGAAGAAACUGCUCCUGCUGAAGAGACUGAAGGAGAGGAAGAAGAGACAGGACAGGAAUUGCCUGAGGAGAAAGGGGAGAAGGCUGGGGAAGAAGGAAAUUGUAUGGAAAUGGGGGUACAGCAAGAUAAAGAUAUUGAAGACGAAGUUGUGAGUGUAUCAGGAGGAGAACUACCUGUAGGAGAAGCAGAGCAAGUGAGGGAUGCUUCAACAGAGGAAGCAGCAGUAGUUGAGGAGGAGGACAACAGAACAGAAAACUCUGAACAUGAGAAAACUGAAGAUGUGCUUCAGUCGACUGAUGAUUCACCUAAAAGCAGUAACAUGAGAUCUGUUGAGAGUACUAAUGAAAAGGUCACUGUCCAGAAUUUAGCACUGGAUACAGAUGAAGAGGUAGAGAACGCAGGUGUAAGUCAAGAGGACGAGGAAGAUGAGCAGAAUAUGUCAGAGGAAGAGGUGGAGCCUAUAGUGAUUGGAAAGAGAGUUUUAAGAGGGAGGACAGUUCCCCCAAUCACACCUAGAUCUAAAACCAAACGCCGCAGUGCCAAAGUUCAAAAAUCAGAGGAGUCUUUGUCUGAUGAAGAAAAAAGUCCUAAAUCAGCUCACAAGACAAGUUUCCUUAAGAGAAAAAGCACUGAGGUAACACCAACUCGUAAAUCUAAGCAUCACAGCAUAGUCUAGGAUGUUCUGAAUACUAUGACAGACAGACAAAUGCUUGAAAAGCAAUAUAUAUGUAAUGAACACACACAUACACACACACACACAUGCGUGCAAACCCUCUGUAGUGUCCAGACCCGCAAUACAGACUGACUUGAUUUAAACCGAGGCUAUGGGCUAUGCAACUUCUGAAAAAAAGAAAUUACACAUUUUCAUUCUUGAAACGUUAAUUAAUGAACAUUAAAAGCCAACCUUACUGUAUUCAGUACACUCAAGAGUUUCCUUUACCCGGUCCGAUAUGACCAGUAGCUGGUGAUAAUGGUGGUUAAAGUUGGCUGAUGCAACGUUUAAAUACUGUUGAUAUUAAGUCAGUUCACAUACAUAUCACUGACUAUCCUUGACUUGUUAGACUGUUGGACUCCUGUUUAGCACUGUAUUGUAACAUAUAGGUUCUUCUAGCACAUUGUAAACUGUUAUGGGCUCCAGCCCUCCAUAAUCCUGCAAACGGUGAGUAGCUCAGAUCAGAUCACCUGUGAUCACAGUGGCUGCUACAGGAAAGUUACUUAGUCUUGCUUUAAAGCCACUAUAGCCACACCAUUCUAAAAUUUAGUAGUCUCACUUAAACUUUGACGUGCCUCUUACAAACAAAAAAUGAUGCCACGGUGAUCAUUUGAAAGACCCUGUCAUGAUUUACAAAUUCCACACAGUGUUGCUUUAAGACAGCUUAGAAUUUGAAAUGUUGACUCUGAAUAAAUGCACAUUUAUCACAGGUAGGGGGUAGAAACUAAAACUAAAAUUCUGUGUCACCAUCACUCUGUGUUCUUGAAUCACCAGAACAGCUAGGGCAUGUUCAGACAUGUUCAGUACAAAUCAUCUAGGGCCCUAUUGUACACCUUGUGAGACACCACCACAGCGUACCUGCUAUUGCAAAUUUCAGCCUGACGUAGUUGUCGUUUUCAUGCCAUUUAACUUUAAAAAGGGAGUUGGACGUGACCCAAAUGGACAUGUGUCAUGCAAUGUAGAUCAUGUGGCAUUGUAUGAGAGCACUGCAUUGGGCCUUGUAGGGUCAGGGACUGAGGCAAACACCAGCAAUACAACCAAAAAAGUCGAAACUAGACUUUUAAUGCAACACCAUGCGAUCAUCAUCAAACAUCAUUUGGCCACACAGCGCUAAGCUAAGCCCAACCAAAUAGUUGUGAAAUCCUGUCUCAUAGUAUUAAAAACAUCUGUGCAGUGUUUUGAUAUCUGAUAAUCCUACUUGCUUACUUAACUUUCUGUGAAACUGUACUUUAAUAUUCAUUAUGAUUACUGGAAAACUAAGAUGUAGCACUGCACAAGUUUCACAGAUAUUAAGAUAUUAAUGUUUUUGAAAUGUUGAAGCGGCGAGCCACAGCUACACAUAUACAUAAACAUCUAAAGGGGCCACAUUGGAUUUCUUUUGUUCUUUACAAAGCCAUAAUUUGUAUCAACUUUAUAAGAAUUCUUACAAGUGGUGAAUUAAUAUUUUUAUAUUGUAAACCUUUUCUUAUAUUUCUCUAAAAAUGUGAAUGUCUACUUUGCAUUGUGUAAUGCAGUGGCUGAAGAUAAUGUUUUCAGUCCAUUUUUGUUUGAGAUAUGAUUUUGGUAACAAAUCAUAUUAAUUUUUGGUAAUUUUUCACUCAGAAAUAUGCAACAAGAUCCAGUUAGAAAUAUUUGGCGAAAUAUUUGGUGAAAUAAAAUUUUAGUUUUAUUAAAAUGUUUUAAAGUACUGAGACAUAUGUUUAGUCUACAAAGGAGCUAGUCAUUUUGGAUAUUUUCUUAAUUAGAAUGUAUGUACUUUGAUAAAGACAGAAAUGUUACCAAAAUGUCUUUGUUUUGGAACUAUCAGCUGAAAUCUGGUCUUAAUAUUAACAUGUUCUUUUUUAUAUAAACAUUAUUCUAACCUGUGGGUGUUAAUGUAUAUCUAAUACGUAAUCUCCUGAAAUGUAUUUUCACCAACUUGAGCAUUAUAUACCAUGUGAAGAGGGCAAUUUUCUCAAGCCAUCGUGUAGCCAACGUCCUCUGUCAUGUUCAUGCUGUUUUAAUGAUGUGAUAUUAUUUAGUCAACAUUAUAUAUUGUGUUGUCAAUGUCAGUUUAUGUGGUUAUUUUGUUGUAUCAUUUGGUACUUGGUACCCAACAUUUAUUUAGCUGUCUGAUGUAAAAGUGUGGUCUUUCACAAAUAUAAUUAUGUUUAAUAGCAUCGGUCAUUUGGUCGUUUACUAAAUUUAUCCUUUAGUAAUGUUUUAUAUGGAUUAACCUUUCUCUGUAAAGUCAUUAACUGAAAUUCUUAUUUUUGUGGCAAAUAAAGAUUUUGAAGAUA